AGUUCUCGCGAGACUGACAGUAGUUGCCGCCGUAGCUGUUUGCAGGCUGCUAGCUGUCGGACACGCUGCCAUUUUUCGUUUCUGCUGCCUUUAUUAUUGGACUGACUGCGAUGGAAGAAUUUGAAGUCACAGACGAGGCAGAAAAGCCUAGACAUCGACCUUUCUUAAUCGGUGUUAGCGGAGGCACGGCCAGCGGAAAGUCUACAGUUUGCGCCAAGAUCAUGGAGCUUCUGGGGCAGCACAAGGUGGACCAUCGCCAGAGAAAGGUGGCCAUAAUCAGCCAGGACUGCUUCUACAACGUGCUGACUCCAGAUCAGAAGGCUAAAGCCCUUAAAGGACAGUACAACUUUGAUCACCCGGAGGCGUUCGAUAACGAGUUGAUGUACAAAACCUUAAAGGACAUCGCAGAGGGGAGGCCGGUCGAGGUGCCAACAUACGACUUCAUCACCCAUUCCAGGUUGGAAGACAGGAUCACAGUUUAUCCAGCGGAUGUCGUCCUCUUUGAAGGGAUUCUUGUUUUCUACCCCCAGAAAGUGCGCGAGAUGUUCCACAUGAAGCUCUUCGUGGACACGGAUUCAGAUGUCAGGUUGUCUCGAAGAGUGCUGAGAGACAUGAACAGAGGGAGGGACCUGGAGCAGAUUCUGAAUCAGUACACAACAUUUGUAAAGCCUGCAUUUGAGGAGUUUUGCCUGCCUACUAAAAAGUAUGCAGAUGUCAUCAUUCCGAGAGGGGUUGACAAUAUGGUGGCCAUCAACCUGAUUGUGCAGCACAUCCAAGAUAUUCUGAAUGGUGAUAUUUGCAAGUGGCAGCGGGGAAACAUCAACAGCCAUGGCCGAGCCUGCAAAAGGCUGACCUCAGAGCAGAGCGACCUGCAGAACGGAUCCACCAACCCUCCAAUUAAGAGGGUCCUGCUGGAGCCUAGUAGUCGGCCCCACUGAAACAGAGCGGAUGUGUGUGUGUGUGUGUAUGCGUGAACGGGAACAGAUAGGUACAGACCGUGGAGCUGCAGCGUGAACUGACGUUACUGUGCCGGAAUGUUACACGCUCUGCGGUUUAGGGUAAUAUCAGUGAUUCAAUGUAACAGGUUCGAAGAUCUGCCAUCUUAUUUGAUUGUAGUUACUAACAGGGUUCCUACACUGUAUGGAAGUAACCAGUGUUCCCAUAGGCUUUCUUUGUUUUGAUUUUUAAAAUGGGUAAAUAAGCAGUUACCAAACCAGGUCCUAUGAUUAUUAAUAAGAACAUGUUUUUUUUGAGUCAUGCCUUUGCACUUUUAAAUGUGACCAUGCUGGCAACUUCUUUGCUACUGUUAGGGAAGUAUAUUUAACGUAAAUUAAUACAAAUAACGUGGUUAUGUUCACGUACCUGUUCUGGUUUGCAAUAGCUUUCUACAGUGCAAAAGUAUUCAUACCUAUUCAACUUACCUGCAUUUUGAGAGAUUACAAACUGGCGGACUAAGUAGCGCAUAAUGUAGUGAAAGAAAAAUUAUAUGUGGCUUUCAAACUUUAUACAAAAUCUGACAGGUUUUGUAUUCAACCAUAUUUACUCUUAAGUAAAUAAAAUCCAGUGCAACCAGUCGCCUAAGGAAGUCAAUCAGGAAACGGUCCACUGGUAUGUAAUUUUAUUAAAGUCUUAACUGAAGGCCUCUGAGGUUUGUUUGGAGAACAUUAUUAAAGAAUUAUGGAGAGCAAAAAUCUCAGUGCUUAGAUAUUCUAAGAUGGGUCUGGAUACAAUUAUCCACCAUCGUGGUUUAUCGCAUACGAUCCUUUUAAAAUACAUUUGUGCUUAUAGAUACGUUUAAGGUGUAUGAAUACUUUUGCAAGGCAAAUGGAGAAAAAAACCCUCCCAGUUUGAAAGCACGUGCUUAUAUUCUGCUAAGUCUAUGCCUUAACUUUUUUUGUUUCACUUUAUGAACAGUGUACAUCAAUAAAUAAAACUUCUUUGCAAGUA